GAAGAGAGAGAAACAAGGAUUGAUAGCGAGCCGAGUCUCCCUCCUCUCACACCUCAGACGGGCAGCUUCCACCACCGCCUCCCUGCGCUACGCCGGGAACGAAAACCAGUCCUGACCUCAAAGCUCAUAUCGUGCAUUGUAGUUGAAUUGCCCGGAAUGCCAUUGUAUAAAAGGAAGCCAUUUGCUUUGUUGGAAAAACCCGCCGAUUUGAACCCCAAUGAGGAGGUCUUCCAAGUCAGAUUCACAAAAGAAAUCUUUAGGGAUUAUGGGGAAGAAUUGCUUGACCUAUGAGGAAGCGCUCCUUUCAGAGAAGGAGUCUGGUGAAGAAUUGCAACUGUUUCCCAAGGAACUUCUAGCCCCUGUACUUCGAGAUCUUCAAUUCAGUAUGCUGAGUUUAAGCGAUCUUGUCAACAAAAUUGCCAUUAAGCUUCAAGGCCGUUUAUCAGUGGGUUCCAUUCUUUAUGGAAGGAAAAAUGGCAGUAUUCAUAGUUGUAGGAUUUUAAAAGUUGUAGAGGAGGAUGGGAAAGCACAGUAUGAGGUUGAGUGGAUGGACAUAUAUGAUAAUGACAAAUCUGAAAUUACAUUUGUGAAGGAAGAGGAGUUGAUAAGGAAAAAGCUGCCUUAUAUUAGAGGUGUUCUUAAAGUUUUAAUCAGAGAGUCUACAUAUCGCAGCAUUCCCUGGGUCUUACAUGAUAAGUUGGUAGCUGAACAUGAGAUUCCUACUCACCCUCCUCCAGAGUUAGAAAACAAAAUUUCUCUCAAGGAUGGUUUAGUUGUUGUUAAUAAAAAGAGAAAGAAUGGUGAAACUAUACAAACUGAUGUGGACAGAGAAAAUAAUGGGUGGACAGAUCCUAAGCGGAAGAAUUUUAUCAGAAAGAGUUCUAAUGCCUUAACAACUGCGGAGACUGGCAAUGACGAAAACGAAAACUUGGAUGUGGUGUCUGUUAGAUAUCCAAUAGAUGAUUUACUGGUACAGCCUUCAGAAAGUGACAAACAGUUAACUGAACGUCCUUCUCCUUCUUGGGAUUUCCAUGCGCCUAUGCAUUGUGUUGGGGAACUGUUGAUGGUUUGGGAGUUUUGUACAACAUUUGGCAAAUUUUUGCAAUUGUCACCAUUUUCCCUUGAAGAUUUUGAGAAUGCCGUGUGUCAUAGUGACAGCAAUGUUGUUCUCAUUGUAGAAUCCCACGCAGCUCUUCUUCGUGUGUUAAUGAAUGACCAUGUGGGCUAUUUCUUCACUAUACAAAAGAAAAAGAGAAAGUCCAAGAUCACGUUAAUUACUUGGACAGAGUAUUUGUGUGACUUCUUGGAAAUGAUGGGCAUUGCUAAGUUGUGUGCUCAUAUCUCUACAAUCAAACGCGGUCAUUAUGGCCUUCUGGAUGUUAGCAUUAAAUUAAAGAUCCUUGGGGAACUAGUUGCUCAAACCUGUAUGUUAGGCCUUUUUAAGGAGAAGUUGGAUGAGGAUAUUGAGAAGCGGCUGGCACUGGCAGCCGCACGGAGAGAUGAAGCUUUGGAAGAUGGUAGAAAUAGGAGAGAGGAAAAAGAGCGUUCUAAUCAUCCACCUGCUCUAAAUAUUGGAGGAGAGGUACACAUCAAAGCUAUCAACCACAAUAGGAAAAAUGGAGCACUUUCUAAUGAAAGAAAGGAGAACGGGACCUCUUCUAAUUCGAAACAUUUAUCAGAGGACAGUGAGGGGGAGCAAGUUGAUAUUACAUUAAGGAAUUCUAUGAAAAAGAAGUUAAAUGUGAAAGAUGCUGCAGAGAGCAGUAAUAAUUCAUCGAAGAAGGCUGUUUUCAAGAAUGGGAUAAAGAAAGUAAUGCAAAAGCAUAGCAAGGACCAAAAGCAAAGGGUUGCACACAAGCUACUGAAGAAUCAAAUAAAGGAAACAAUAGAAAGCAGGAGUAAGGAGCAAAGGAAGGAGUAUCUUGAUCGAGAAAUAGAAAAGAGAAUUAUACGCACCAGUCCGCUGGGGAAAGAUAGAGACCAUAAUAGAUACUGGUUUUUCAGACGUGAAUCAAGAAUAUUUGUUGAGAGUUCUGACUCCAUGCAGUGGGGAUAUUAUUCUUCAAAGGAGGAGCUCGAUGCUUUGAUUGGUUCACUUAAUGUGAAGGGUGUAAGGGAGAGGGCUCUCAAAAAGCAACUAGAGAAGUUUUAUGACAAAAUAAUCCUGGAAAUUCAGAAGACAUCAAAAGAGGCAACCCAUGAAAGUUGUAAAGAAGACUCUGUAGUUCGGAGGUCAACCCGAGUUCGUGCCCCACCGGGAGAAAAUCCCGCUCUUGCAUUCCUUAAGUAUGCAAACUUGUGGAAGGAAGAAAAAAGUGCAAAGAAAAAUUCCAGAACGUUUGAUGGGAUAUGCAGAACCACGAAUACACACACGGAUCUGGAAAAGAAUUAAAAAAAAAUUUCAUUUCUUCGGGUCAUUGCUAAAAGCCGGCCAUUCUAUGGUUGUGAUGUACCUAUUUUUGAGUUUGGGUGUUUUGAUCUCCACAUCCACGGAUGGUGAUGGAAGCCAAGUUGGAUCCAUUCCACUCCAGUAUGUUUUUGGUAAUAGUUCAGGGUGGGGAUUUUCUUCAUUUUUUUGCAGAUACGGCUUAAGCAGCUUGGUUUUUGGCUACCAUCGACUUUGUACCUUCAGGCUACUAACUCCUCCCUAAAAAAUGUUUUAUAUUUUGAUUUUACGAAGUUUAAGAAAAGUGUUGAAAAGUA